GUCGAACCCACGUGCCUUCCAGUUCUAGCGCGCGGCAGGUGGUCGGUUAGAUUUUGAAGAGUUCGGGGACAAAAGGCGCGCGCGGAAGGUUGAGGUGGCACUUGGCGGUAGGAGGGAGGUGAGCACAGAGGACGGGCCGGGUGAGGGUCGGAGCUGAAAGACACAAGAAUGGCGAGCCACUCGGAGGUUCGUGACACCUCACCAAAGUUGAGGAGGAAGAGUACUCCUCGAUUUUCUAACAUACAUAUUAAGUCGCGAACCAUCGAGAGGUCCAAGUUUUACGAGGACCUGGUGGAGGAGAUGCGCCGGAAAAUGUGUUGCCAUAAAGUUCGAGAAUCAUUACUUAGCUCUUCCAGUGGAUUUCUCAACUAUCGUGGGAUUUUGAAUUGGGCUGUAGUUGUGUUGAUUUUGACUCAUGCACAUAUGGUUUUGGAAAACUUGAUCACGUAUGGACUCCUCGUGGAUCCUGUUCAGAUUAUAGCAUUUGCCUUGAGUGACCCCAACACUUGGCCUGGUUCAUAUUUGAUUAUUGUGUCAAAUGUAUUUGUCCUUGUUGCUCUUCAUAUAGAAAGAUCCCUGUCUGUAAUAUUUUUGAUUCAUCUUUUUAUUGGACUGAUACAGCAGUGGGUUUUGCCAGUGACUCGAAACGCAAUGCAGCCUUUUGUUGAGAUGAGUCUGACUAUGAUGAUUCAUCAGUUGCUGCUGAUAGCGAUUCCCAAUCACUUCAUGUGGCUCAUAUUUUUCCAUGGGUUUUUCCAUUCAACCUUGAACUUUAUUGCUGAGCUGAUGCGGUUUGGAGAUCGGAGAUUUUAUCGGGACUGGUGGACUAAAACCCAAAGAUUUAUUUGUACCUUUGUGCAGAUCCGAGAACUCGGUGCGCGCACACAAGCUCAAGGUGAGCGUGUAACCAGGGCAACCACGUGGCGUCUCUACGUGCAGCCAUGGAAACAGGCCGCGCGUGUACGCCGGAGUAUCGCGGACGGCAGCGAAUUUUCAUGGAGACAAUAA